UAUUGUUUAUGUUAGCUCUACUAAACACGGUCACUCGUAGUUUUGUACAGAUGUACAAAUCUACUCGAAAGUUUUAGAGCUGACUCGAAAUUUCAAAAAAGGUGUAAUUGUUUAAGGCAUAAAAGCUAACAUGACUGCCGCAAUUUCGUUGUGGGGAAUUGUUUUCCUUUCCUCCCAACUUCGGAUAUCUUGGACAGAAAGUACUACAUGUGUGAGUGAUGACGUGUUCACAAAACUCAAAGAAGUAGACAAACUCAUCCAUCAGAUCAUAGGAUUUCCUCCGGAAAUAAGACAAAUACCGACGGAUUGUACCGAUAUUAAAAAUCAGGGGAUUGAAAAGUCUGGCAUUUAUGAAAUACGAGUUAUGAAAAAUGAAACAACACCUUUUUGUUUCAAAGUGUAUUGCGAUAUGAAAACAGAUGGCGGCGGAUGGACGGCGAGUACAAAUAAACACUUGUGUUAUUAUCACUUUGCCUAAUAGCGAUAAACGCUUAAUUUCCCAAUUAAAGUAUACAUUCGAUUAUUCGAGUUAACGACAUGGAGAACAUGCACAGGAAAUCAAAAAGUUAUUUCUUAGAAGGAAAUAGUUUGGACACUGUUCAUCAGAAGCUUUAUUUCACAAUUUUUACUUUCCCGUCUAUGUUCUAUACAACAGAAGGAAAGUAUGACGUUCGGUAA